AUGGUCCUGAAAACAUUCCGUAUUUUGGUUGCCGAUCUAUGCCAGCAGUUCAAGGGCGGACAUCCGGGCGGCGCGAUUGGCAUGGCCGCCAUCGGCAUGGCCUUGUGGAAAUACGUCAUGAAAUACGCACCGCACACACCCACGUUCUUCAACCGUGAUCGCUUCGUCCUUUCCAAUGGCCACACUUGUCUCUUCCAGUACUGCUUCCUGCACCUGACGGACUAUCGCGACAUGACCAUGGAGCAGCUCAUGUCGUACCACUCUGAGCGGAGCGAUGCGCUGUGUCCAGGCCACCCCGAAAUCGAGCACGAGGGCGUCGAGGUCACAACCGGCCCUCUCGGCCAGGGCGUUGCCAACGCCGUCGGUCUCGCCAUGGCCACAAAGAACCUGGCGGCUACCUUCAACAAGCCAGGCUUCGACGUCGUCGACAACCACACUUGGUGUAUGACCGGUGACGCUUGCCUACAAGAAGGCGUGGCUCUCGAGGCCAUCUCUCUCGCCGGCCACUGGAGGCUCAAUAACCUCACCCUCAUCUACGACAACAACCAGAUCACUUGCGACGGAUCCGUUGACCUCACAAACACGGAGAACGUCAACGACAAGAUGCGAGCCUGCGGGUGGGACGUCCUCGAGAUUGAGGAUGGCAACUAUGACAUUGAAGGCAUCGUCAAGGCACUGCAGGCUGCGAAGCAGUCCACGGACAGGCCCACCUUUAUCAACAUCAAGACUACCAUCGGUCUCGGCAGCAAGGUCGCGGGUACCGCUCCCGCACACGGCGCCGCAUUUGGUGCCGACGACGUAGCCAACAUGAAGCAGAACGAAGGCUUUAACCCUGAGGAGCACUUCGUUAUCGGUGACGAGACUCGCCAGUUCUUCAGCGGUCUCCCCGAGCGAGGCCAGAAGUGGGUACAGGAGUACAAUGAGCUGCUUGCCGCGUACGAGAAGGCGCAUCCAGAACUGGCCGCUCGCUUCGCUGCCAGGCGAAAGGGCGAGAUUCCGGCUGACUGGAAGGAUUUCAUUCCAAAGUCGUUCCCUGACAAGCCCACAGCCACUCGUGCCGCCAAUGGUCUCGUUCUGAACCCUCUGGCCGAGAAGGUCGACUCUUUCAUUGUCGGCACAGCCGACCUUACUCCGUCGGUCUACAUGGACUGGAAGGACAAGGUGGACUUCCAACACCCUGAGCUGCGGACAGAAUGCGGCAUCAACGGCGACUACAGCGGACGCUAUGUGCACUACGGUGUCAGAGAACACGCCAUGGUCGCCAUCACCAACGGCCUGGCCGCUUACAACCCGGGGACCUUCCUCCCCGUCACCUCGUCCUUCUUCAUGUUCUACCUGUACGCCGCCCCCGCCGUGCGCAUGGGCGCGCUGCAGCGCCUGCAGGUCAUCCACGCGGCGACCCACGACUCGAUCGGCAUGGGCGAGGACGGCCCGACGCACCAGCCCAUCGAGCUGGCCGCGCUGUUCCGCGCGAUGCCGAACCUGCUCUUCUUCCGCCCGGGCGACAGCGAGGAGACGGCGGGCGCGUGGGAGGCCGCGAUCGAGGCAAAGGGCACCCCGUCCAUCAUCUCGACGAGCCGGCACGCGCUGCCACAGCAAGAGAACACGCGCCGGAGCCUCGUCGCCAAGGGCGCCUAUGUCCUGCAGGAGAAUGACGCCGCCAGCGUGACCCUGAUCGGCGUGGGCGCCGAGCUGUCCCACGCGGUCGACGUCGCGGAGCAGCUCAGGGAGGCGCACGGCAUCGAGGCGCGCGUCGUGUCCAUGCCCUGCCAGCGCCUGUUCAGCAGGCAGGACCGCGCGUACCAGCGCGAGGUGCUGCGCCGGCACGAGAUGCCCGCCAUUGCGAUCGAACCGUACGCGCCCAACGGGUGGGAGCGCUACGCCGACGCCGCGGCGUGCGUCGCCCGCUUUGGCCACUCGCUGCCGGGCAAGGCGGCGUACAAGUACUUUGGCUUUGACGCCGACGCGCUCGUGGGCAAGAUGCUGAAGUACUUUGAGAUGAUCAAGGAGGACGAGAUGCUGAAGCGAGAGUUUGUGGAGUUAUAA